AAUCAGAAUCAGAAUCAGUCAAAUCAUUUCUAUUUUCGCGAUGAUGAUUCCGUUUCAGUGAUCGAUCAUCUCAGUGAUAAAAUCCCGCCGGAGUUUCUUCCCGCCGGGUUAAACCAUGCCUUUGCCUAUAUUCUCUUCGCGGUUACAGUCUUCUUCUUCGUCUUCAUCGUCAUCGUCGCGAUCUUAUUUUCCUCGGCCUUAUAAGCCUCGAGUCGACCCUAGCUUGACCUUAAUCCCAGGCUUAUCCAACGACGUCGCGAGGCUGAUUUUCUCCUUCGUCCCUUACCCUCACAUCUCUCGCCUCAAAUCGACCUGCAAAUCAUGGUACGCUUUCCUCUCCUCCAAAACCCUAAUUUCACUCCGCCAUAGACGAGACGGAAUCGAAAACCGCCUCUCCCAUCUCCUCUGCAUCUUCCCUCAAGAUCCUUCGAUUUCGCCUCCGUUUCUAUUCGAUCCCGUGACUCUAUCAUGGAGAUCGCUCCCGCUCAUGCCCUGUAACCCUCACGUUUACGGUCUCUGCAAUUUCGUCGCCGUGUCUCUCGGACCAAAUCUCUAUGUCCUCGGAGGAUCCGCCUUCGACACGAGGUCUUAUCCUCUGGACCGUCCUUUGCCUACUUCCUCCGUGUUCCGUUACAGUUUCGUGAAAUCGGCGUGGGAGCGGCUCGCUCCGAUGCUGUCUCCACGUGGCAGCUUCGCUUGCGCUGCGAUGCCUGGUUCUUCGUCGGAUCGGAUUAUCGUGGCGGGAGGAGGAUCACGGCACACUUUGUUUGGUGCUGCUGGAAGUAGAAUGAGUUCGGUGGAGAUUUAUGAUGUUGAGAAAGAUGAGUGGAGAGAGAUGGACGAAUUGCCUAGGUUUAGAGCAGGUUGUGUUGGUUUCAUCGUUGCAAAUGAGAAAGAUAAGGAGAAGGAGGAGGAAAGUAGAGAUUUUUGGGUAAUUGGUGGCUAUGGAGGAUCAAGGACGGUUUCUGGUAUUCUUCCUGUUGAUGAGUACUAUAAAGAUGCGGCAGUGAUGGAGCUGAGGAGGAAUGGUGGUGAGAAAUGGAGAUUGGUUGGUGAUAUGUGGGGAGAACAAGAGAGACCAAAGCUAGGGAAGAUUGUGGCUGUUGAUUGUGGAAAGCCGACGUUUUUCAUGUUGGAUAAGGAUUGGAUUCUUAGGUAUGAGGUGAGUUUGAAUCGUUGGGUAAAGGAGUCAAGCUUGCCUAAGAAAGCUCGUUACGACAAACCAGUUGGUUUUGUUGCGAUGAAUGGUGAAUUACACGUUAUGAUUCUCUUGGAUGGGUAUAAUCUGAUGGACACAAGGCAUACUAGACAACAUAGCAAUGCUGGAUCUUUGAUGAUUCAUGUGUAUGAUCCUAGAAAGAAAACUUGGAGAUCGAUUGUUUCAAAGCCACCGUUCAAUCACCAACUCGAUUUCAGGACCACGGUUAUGUGCACCAUCCGAUUGUAGUAGGCGUAAACUCUCAUCACAUCAUCUUGAAGAAAAUUUGUUGUUCAUGGUGUGAGCUCUGAUUCUGAAUGUUGUGUCGUUUCUUUAGCCAUUUGCAUAUAUAUAAUAGCCACAUUGUCUGUACAGGUUGAAAAAAAAGAACUUUGGGUAUUAUGUUAUAUUGUAAAUACAAGGGAAUUAUACUAUGGCUUUGUAUAUAAA